UCUCACGACCAGUCCUCCCAGCAAGCUCAGCCCUCGCCUGCAGAUCAUGCGUCACCUCCCUAUCGACUCGCCGAUCCUCCAAUGCCCGCAAUCGCCGGGGGCUUGACCCCGCUGCACCGCUGGACGCUCUCCGCCUCCGACUCCCAGUUCAAUGCCCUCUCAGGAGCCAUUGGCGGCUUCACGUCGGGCAUCGUGACUUGUCCCCUUGAUGUGAUCAAGACGAAGCUGCAAGCCCAGGGUGGCUUCACCCUGGUGGACAAGGGCCGGCACGUGGGCCACCCGAAGCUGUACAAUGGGCUGGUAGGAACAGCCAAGGUCAUCUUGCGCGAGGAGGGCAUACGCGGACUGUACCGGGGUCUGGGGCCGAUCGUGCUCGGAUACCUGCCCACCUGGGCAGUGUGGUUCACCGUCUAUAACAAGAGCAAGAGCUUCUUAUAUCAGUAUUAUGAAAACCCUCACCUCAUAAGCUUCUGGUCCUCCAUCAUUGCUGGCGCCAGCAGCACCGUUGCUACGAAUCCCAUAUGGGUCAUCAAGACUCGCCUCAUGUCGCAGAGCAAUCCGAACACGGCUAGAGGCCACCACGCGUUUGCUCGUCCUGGUAACACCCCGACAGCAAGGCCGGUCAUGCACGACUGGCACUAUAGAUCGACGAUUGAUGCGGCGAGGAAGAUGUAUACCUCGGAAGGCCUUUCGUCAUUCUACUCGGGCCUCACCCCCGCCCUCCUCGGCUUGACACACGUUGCCGUUCAGUUUCCCACGUACGAGUUUCUCAAGACUACCUUCACCGGACAGGGGAUGGGCGAAGUACAGGAAGGAGAAAAGGCACACUGGGCAGGCAUCCUGUCGGCCUCCAUCUUGUCGAAAAUCCUGGCCAGCAGCGCCACCUACCCUCAUGAGGUCAUUCGAACCCGGCUGCAGACCCAGCGACGACCGGUAGCUGGCGAGGCCUUCGUGGUAGACAUGGCGGCACCAGGGGUGAAGCCAGCGUCAGGCCCCAAGUAUAAGGGCGUCAUCAUGACUUGCAGGACUAUUCUCCACGAAGAAGGAUGGCGGGCCUUUUACGCGGGCAUGGGCACGAACAUGAUGCGAGCCGUUCCCGCUGCGACGGUAACGAUGCUCACAUACGAGUAUGUGAUGAGGGAGCUGAACAAGAAGAAGCUCCAAGCUCUGGAGAUACAGCGCGCACUUCAGGAGGCUUCAUAAGGGCCGCUCGAUGCGCGGGUCACCAAUAUGGGCUACUACUGCAUUGAGCGGUUCAAACGCACAAGAAGCAUGCAGACAUUUUGCUCUUGACCGCUCUCUGUUUUUCGUAUGUCCAUGGACAUAUGAUUUACGAAACAAUGCGCAGAGGUCCACGAGGGUCAGAUACACCCUCGUCUUCUAGCCUUUUCUCUCCUUGUCCAACCCCCUCGGCCGAAUUGUAGGUUAUAGAACAUAUCUUUCC